CUGGAAUCCGCUAUUUUUGAAGUUCACAUUCGCUACUUUUUAAUCUUAAAUUCUGGCAACACUGCAAUCAAUUUGUUUUGUUUUGUUGUUUAUCAAUCCACAACAUUUAAAUGUGAAAAUUUUGACAGAAGUUUAUAGAACUAAUGGAUUCAAAAGAAUCUGUUCCCUCUACUUCCCAGCCCACUGAAGGAACAUCCGGAAAAUGGAGUACCCGUAAUAAACGUCUACAAAAAAAGAAAAUAUCCAUGGCUUAUUUGCUAAAAAUAAUUUGUUCUUCGCAAGAAUCGUGUAUUGAUUGGUUGAGGAAUAAAAGCCUCAUACCAAAAAUUAUGUUUUGUCCGAACUGUAAUAAAAAAAUGGAAUUUGAAGUACAAGAAACAUCCAUUGACAAUUACAUCUGGAUUUGCAAGGAAUGUAAAAUAGACCCACCUAGUUAUUCCACGCGCCAUGGUUCCUGGCUAGAAGAGAUAAAUGCUCCUUUGGUAGACAUCUUGCUUUUUGUAUACUUAUGGGUGAAUGGCUUUAAUGAAAUUCAAAUUGCUAAGGAAACUAAUCUGCCAAUGGAAACUGUUCGAAAUUGGGAUAAAACUUAUACUGAUAUGUGUGCAUCGCGUCUAGAAGAUGAGGAUGGAGAUGAUGACUAUAACAGCAAGACCAGCAGCAAGGACGCAUCAAUAAUUGCUUGGCGAAAAAAGAAUAAAUUCAAGGAUCCUUUCUUAGAGUUUUUAAAGGAUGCAGAUUCCUUGUAAAAUGUGAUGUUAAGUUUUGAAAAUAAACCUAUUUUUCGAUUGAACUUUUUUAUAAGUUUUAACUCAUGCCAUUUUACAGUGAUCGCCACAGAAUAGUGCUAAAAAAAAGAAGUUAAUCUUAUAUUUCCCCCUCCCUUCAUCAUAAUUGAUUUCUUAACAGCCCAGGGUGGGCCUUGGCCUUCUCAAGAAGUUUUUUGUAGACUAACCUUUUUCCUUCUAGUGUUUUUUUAGUUUUUAAGACCAAAAGGUUUUUCUCUAGGCGAUCUAUCCAUCUCAAAUUCGGCCUGCCUCUUUUUCGUGUGCCAACUAGCGUAUAACGUGUCUGGCAUUCAACACUCUUUUUGUGAUACGGUUUGUGUCCCUUCUGAUGGCCAGCCCCAUUUUAUUCUUUGUCGUUUAAUGAAGUAAAUAAUGUCAGGUCUAUUAUAUGAGUGAAAAAUUCUUCCAAAAAUACUUCUCCAGACAUUUCUCACAAAGGUACUCAACAUAGCCUCAUCCGUACAAGAAAGGGUCCAGGUGAUACGUUAAAAUCGAUCUUAAAAGAGGUUUAUAUAAUAAAACUUUUGUUUUUUCUAUGAAUUACAUUCGAUUUUAUGUAUUUUUGAAUUCCAUUAAAAACAUCUAUUGGCUGUA